AUGGCAAAAAACGGAAAGGUCGGUAAAGCAAUAGCUACCGCUUAUAUGAAAGAUGAACGAGACAUUCCGGAGUAUGAAUUUCCGGAUAGUGGUCAUGUAAAGCUAAACUUGACGACAUCAGAUGUAGCAUUUCUUGAAGGAGCAACUUCUGAACCGGAUAUGCGAAGCAGGUCACCGACAUCAAUAUCAGUAAUGUAA